UGACAUUACCACUCUCUUUCUCUCCUCCACUCAACACACACUUCAUUUGCAUCCCCUCUCUUUCUCUCUCCCCAUUGCCCUUUGUUUCUCUCUCUAAACAGCUGUCUUCAUACACAUUCCCUGUUUGUUUAUUGUCGCUUCUGGUCGUGCAAUCUCUGCAAACACUUUGCUCUCUCUCUCUCUCUCUUUGGGGUUGCGCUGAAGUGAAACAUGGCCUCUCCGAAUCCACCGAAGCCAUGGAAGGUGGAGUAUGCGAAAUCAUCGAGAUCCUCCUGCAAAACCUGCAAGGGCAACAUUGCUAAAGACGUGCUCCGUCUCGGCAAAAUGGUCCAAGCCACUCAAUUCGACGGCUUCAUGCCUAUGUGGCACCAUGCUGGAUGCAUCUUCAAGAAACCACGGCAAAUCAAAGCCCAAGAAGAUGUUGAAGGUUUUGACUUAAUUAGAUGGGAUGAUCAAAAGAACAUACAUAACUAUGUUGAGAAUGCAACUUCAAGUGCCGCUGCCGGGGAUGCAAGCACUGAUUAUGCGAUUGAAGCCUCCAAAUCUUCUCGUGCUGGUUGUAAGCACUGCAAUGAAAAGAUAAUGAAGGGAGAGGUUCGUGUAUCAAUAAAGCUUGACCCACAAGAAGGUAGGGGAGUGGCUUGGCAUCACAUCAAAUGUUUUCUGGAAAAGCUUCCAGCUACAGAUAUAAGCAAGGUUCCUGGUUGGGAAAGCUUAUCAACAAAUGAAAAGGAGUCUGUUCUAGCGAUUGUGAAAAAAGAUAGUACAAAGAAAACAAAAGGGGUGCAAGCUGUUCCUAGAGAAGUUCAACAUGAGACAACCUCCAAAAGUGGAAAGCGAAAAAAAUCCGCUAGUGAUGGAGACAAGGAAAAGGUUCAAAAAACUGAAAACACUGUUACUGCUGGCAAAGUUGUUUCCACUGAAUCAGGAGGUCUUAGUUCAGAUGCAAAAGACUUGGAAAGCAAGCUUGAAAUACAGAAUAGGGCUCUAUGGGCCAUUAAAGACAACCUUCAAAAGCAUGUUAAAGCUUCCGAACUACGUGAAAUGCUGGAGGCUAAUGGACAAGAUUCAUCAGGGUCAGAGCAUGAUUUACGUGACCGGUGUGCUGAUGGCAUGCUGUUUGGAGCACUGGGAAGCUGCUCGCUUUGUUCUGGUUCUGUGUAUUAUUUUGGAGGCAGAUACAAAUGCCAUGGCUAUGUAUCAGCAUGGAGCAAGUGUGCUUACUCAACCACGGAACCUACACGUCUUAAAGAGAAAUGGAAAGUUCCAGAAGACUCCGACAAUGAAUAUCUUUGUAAGUGGUUCAAAUCCCAGAAGGCAAAGAAGCCUGAUCGGAUUCUACCUCCAUCUUCUAGUAGGUCAAGUAAUGUUGUGGAUGGCAAGUCCCAGCUAACUAAAAGUGAAAGCUUGCAAGAAUUGAAAGUUGCAAUUGUUGGAAUGUCAAAUGAAUCUCUGGAGGAAUGGAAAAGCAAAAUAGGCGCAGCAGGUGGGGUCUUUCACAUGAAGAUGAAGAAAGAGACUUACUGCUUGGUUGUAAAUGGAAACCCUGAGGAGCAUGAUUCAGAAAUCAGGAGAGCACGGAGGAUGAAAAUAUCUGUUGUAAGGGAGGAGUAUUUGGUUGAUUGUAUUAACAAAAAAAGGAGGCUUCCAACUGACCAGUACAAAAUAGAAGUGGCUUCUGAGACUUCAAGAAGUGGCAUGGUCACUGUGAAAGUCAAAGGACGUAGUGCUGUGCAUGAACAAUCCGGUCUUCAAGAUUCAGGGCAUAUUCUUGAAGAUGGGAAAAGCAUUUUCAAUACAACUUUGAAUAUGUCAGACCUUUCAACUGGUAUCAAUAGCUACUAUAUCCUUCAAAUCAUUCAGGAGGAUCGAGGGGGUGACUGCUAUGUAUUUCGAAAGUGGGGCCGAGUGGGCAAUGAGAAGAUUGGUGGGAACAAACUGGAGAUGAUGUCUAAGUCUGAUGCCAUUCGCGAAUUUAAAAGGUUGUUCUUAGACAAGACAGGAAAUAGCUGGGAAGCAUGGGAGCAGAAAAGAAACUUCCAGAAGCAGCCUGGAAGAUUUUUCCCUUUGGAUAUUGACUAUGGUGUGAAUAAACUGGAGCCAAGAAAGAACGAACUUGGUGAUGUGAAGAGCCAAUUUGCCCCUCGAUUGAUAGAACUGAUGAAAAUGCUCUUUAAUGUUGAAACAUAUAGGGCUGCUAUGAUGGAGUUCGAGAUUAAUAUGUCUGAAAUGCCUCUUGGGAAGCUAAGCAAAAGUAAUAUACAGAAAGGAUUUGAAGCAUUAACAGAGAUACAAAAUCUUCUCAGUAAUAUUGUUUACGAGCCAUCUGUGAAAGAGAGCUUGAUUGUUGAUGCCAGUAAUCGCUUUUUCACGGUGAUUCCUUCGAUUCAUCCACAUGUGAUUAGAGACGAAAAUGAUUUUAAAUCAAAGGUGAAAAUGUUGGAAGCUCUUCAAGACAUUGAGAUAGCUUCUCGACUUGUUGGGUUUGAUUCUGAAAAUGAUGAGUCGUUGGAUGAAAAAUACAAGAAGCUUUGUUGUGAUGUUGCUCCACUGCCGCAUGAUAGCACUGACUAUCAGAUGGUGAAGAAAUUUCUCCUCAACACCCAUGCUCCUACUCAUAAGGAUUGGACUCUUGAGGUAGAAGAUGUGUUUGCACUUGAAAGAGAUGGAGAAUUUGACAAGUAUGCUCCUUAUAGAGACAACCUCAAAAAUAAGAUGCUACUUUGGCACGGCUCUCGUUUGACAAAUUUUGUUGGAAUUCUGAGCCAAGGGCUGCGAAUAGCACCCCCUGAGGCACCAUCAACUGGCUAUAUGUUUGGCAAGGGGGUCUACUUUGCUGACCUAGUGAGCAAGAGCGCGCAAUACUGUUAUACUGACAAGAAAGACGCCGUGGGCCUACUGCUGCUUAGCGAAGUUGCCUUGGGAGAGAUGUAUGAGCUUAAGAAAGCCAAGUACAUGGAGAGUCCACCUGAAGGGAAGCAUUCAACUAAAGGCCUUGGCCAGAAAACACCAAAUGCUUUGGAGUUUGAGAAAUGGCGCGAUGAAAUUACUGUUCCUUGUGGGUCCCCAGUUUCAUCAGGAGUUCGAGCCACAGAGCUAAUGUAUAACGAGUAUAUUGUGUACAACACAGCACAGGUUAAGAUGCAGUUCUUGCUCAAGGUGAGAUUCCACCACAAGAGAUGAGGUCACUGACUGCAUACGACUUCACUUUUGUACAGCUUUUUUGCUUUGUUGGGGGCCAUAAUUUUGCAUAUAACUUGUUCUUGGUCCUUGUUCUUCUUGUUCCCAAACCAACACAGAUGAGCUCUUGGGUAUAUGCAGAAAGUUAAGUUCGCAUCCACGGUUAAAAGUUUUGGAGUGAAUAUUUUGGGUUGUGUAAGCUCUUUUUGAGGAUAUGAAGCAUGCGUUUUCUGAUUAAAAAAAAAAAUUAAGGGAAAGUUUUUGACGUACCACCGA